CGUUGGACUAUGUUGGUAACGAUGGAACUUGCGACCAUAAUUGUCUAACGAUAGUUUUGGGAAACGCACCCCUGAAUGAUAAUGUUGUGUUGAAUUCUUUGAUCGUAGUAAAUGUGACUAUGACUGUGAUAGUUUAAACUUAUAACAUCUCAUAUUAUCAUAAUGCAUUCUAGUGUUUAUGUUUCUGAGUUUGGCUGUGAGAGGAAAUGAGACGAGGAAAUGUAUUUCUACAGACUCAUAUUGUGACCACAUCUGCAGAAUUUCUUCAUGGGGAAUCAGUAUUUAGAGGUCUUCCUGUCAGUUCUUGGAUCAGUAUCACUUGAGCAGUCAGCAAGAGUUCCUGGAAAUGUCUUUGUUGUGUACAUCGCUGGAAUGAAGAUGAAGAGGACCGUUAAUACGAUAUGGUUCCUUGAUCUAGCGAUUGCAGACCUCCUGUGCUGCUUUUCCACAUUGUACUAUAUAAUACGGUACUUUAAUGAUCACUGGCCAUUUGGAUCUGUCAUGUGCAAGAUUCAUCCAUUGGUUAUGGUUGUCACCAUGUUUGCCAGUGUCUUCAUCUUGAGUUUGAUUAGUCUAGAUCGGUUUAUCCAGGUGAUCACUCCAGUUUGGGCUAAAACAUCGCAGUCGCAUCGCAGUCUGUUGCUUGCACGACUGUCCUGUGUAGUGGCCUGGGUCCUGGCUAUAGCUCUUAAUGUGCCCUUUGUGAUAUUAAGAAGAACCUUUAUAUAUAAUAACAACACAUACUGCCUAGUUGUUGGUCAUAAUGACUUUAAAAUAUUUGGCAUGUUAUGUGUUAUUAAAUUUGUGUUUGGUUUUUUGAUUCCUCUCAUAUGCAUCACGACAUGUUAUGGAUUCAUCGCACGAAAGUUAGGCAGGAGUCGUUUUCACUCUGGACGAGCGUUUCGCAUCAUGUCAGCUGUUAUUGUGGCCUUUUUUCUGUGUUGACUGCCGUACCACACUGUGUUGUUGAUCCGGAUGUUUGGUGUGAAUCAAAGUAUCAUGGUGGCCAGUAGACUUUUCCCAUUGGUCAUCUCUUUGGCGUAUUUCACCAGCUGUCUGAAUCCAGUUCUGUAUUUUUUCAUAGGGCAGGAUAUUAAGAAGUUUAAGUUUUCAAUAAAGUUAAAACAUGUUUUUGAAAGAGCUUUCUCUGAGGAGGGGACACAAAUACCACAAUCCACCGAGGCACAACAAAUGCAAUCAUUGUAGUUUGAAAAGUAUAAUAAAUCUUAAUAAUAAAUCUUUCAUCAGAAUAUCUUUUGCCUCUUCUACACAAAUUUUUUUCUUUUCAAAACUAUCACAUAUCGCAAUCUGAAAUGUCUGAUGUGUAAAAUGAACUGAUGUAAAAUGAUAAAACAUAACAGGUAGUGUAUUCUAGAACUUUUAGGAAGUGUGUCUGGUGUCCUGUGCAUUUCAUUUAGAUUUAUUUAAAGUAUCAAUAAGUAAUUUUUCAAGUUUAGAUUAAAAAUAUAUCCUUCAGGUAACA